CAUUCGACGACAGGGAGUGUGACCAACAACCUCGCCAUGGGGGUUCUCCUCAUCGGUCUCUUCCCUUAUACGCGAUAAAUAUGAGUGGGAGCAUCUCUCCAGACUACAAGGCGCUUUUUCUCAAAGCAGAGGAGGAAAGAAAACAAGCAGAGGAGGGAAAGAAACAAGCAGAGGAGGAAAGGAAACGGGCAGAGGAAAGGGAGAGACAACAGAGGGAUCGCAACAGACCGACGACUUUCCCAGAGUUCAUCCGACAUUGCCACGAUCUUCUUUGGAGGCCACUACGAGCGCAAACACCGUCUCGCUCUACGACAGGCAAAAUCCCUGCUCCUAUCGGAAAAUACUGUCCCAUACGACUACUUCCGUGGACCGACUGUGAGGCUAGACAGCGGGAAACUUACGAAUCUGUCUGCCGUUACCUGCAGCCGACAGAAGAGGAUGCACGGGAGUUAUUCACGUCACUUGUUGCAUUGGAAGACCAUGGCCGUCGAUUCGCACGCCGGCCGAUUAGCAGCGAACAGGACCUCGAGACCUAUGAACGAAUCGCUGUUGAAGACCACGUGCACGACAUCGUCGCUGAGUUGUGCAAAAUCCCAGAGGCUCGCGAGGAGUUCCGAUUAGGCAACGGAUUAUGGUUCGAUAAUCACGCAAAUGCUCUGGACGAAGAUGAUGAAGUCGAUGCUAGCCAGUCAUCAACCACAACGCCUUCGAAGCCGGAUCAAUUUUGCAUUCAUCGAAUGGACGGUAACAGGAGUACCUUGCUCACCACAGUUGAGUAUAAACCCCCCCACAAGCUUACCGCUGCGAACCUGCGGGAGGGACUCCGGCCGAUGGACUUUUGGCAAGAAGUUGUCCAACCCGAUCAUGUUCCGACGGAAGAGCCGGAGAAAUCGAGAUACAUUGCCGCGCGGCUGGUCGGAUCCGCCAUCGUCCAAGAAUUUCACGUGAUGAUUCAAGAGGGUCUGGAAUAUUCUUAUCUAACGAACGGCCUGAUGGACGUGCUGCUCUGGAUACCCCACGACGAUCCAACUACUCUUUAUUACGACCUAGGGGACCCCGUUAUGUACGGAAAUGCAGGCUUCGGCAGACCUGGGCGGGCUCCCAUGACUCGAAUUGAAAGGACGCUCUGCCUCUGUCUGAUGAGCUUUCGCACCUUUCUUCGUGAUCAGGCGUGGCGGAAUGCCGCCAAAGACAACCUACCGAAAUGGCAUACGAAUUUUGAUAGCGAUCGCUCGCAGAUCGUAGUGGUAGAACUACCUCGGAGCCUGAACGUGGACGAUACUAGCUCUGAAUUCGCCAGUACUGAGCAGACGACCUCUGAUUACCUCCCUUCAUCGUCCCCCGUCACCACCGGUCCUCGAGUGACCACACGAGCGGCCGCUAGCUGCGCGCCGCCGUCCGAUCCGUCUCACCACGAGAGUUCUUCGGAUUCCGAGGCCGACCCUACCGCAUCUGCAGUACGGAAGCGGGGGUUUAGUCAGGUCACAUCGUCCCCGCCAACCCAACGGUCUGCACCGCGAGCAGAUCGCCAAGGGAGCCAAAGCGGACAAUUUCGCUCCCAUGAUGCUCCAUAUUGCACACAAAAGUGCCUUCUCGGGCUACAGCACGGCGGUGCGCUUGACCCUGAGUGCCCCAACACAGAGCUGCAUAUGCUUGGCAGGAGGGAGGACCGCCAUCCGAUCAGCGCAGCUGACUUGGUGAAGAAGCUCAAGGCGCAGCUCGAUCAGGAUCUGGAUCAUAACUGCACCCCCAUCGGCCCUUGUGGGUCCUCCGGAGCACCAUUCAAGAUCACAUGUGCCGCCUUCGGAUAUACUGUUAUCGGGAAGGGGACGACGUCGAGACUCUGGGGGGAGGUCUCGCGCGAAGCAGACGUCUACCGGGUCCUUAAGCGUGCCCAAGGAUCGGCUGUUCCCGUCUUUCUCGGGGCGAUCAAUUUGGCCCAAACAUACUUCCUCCACGGCGCGGGCAGGAUCCGUCAUAUGCUUCUCAUGGGCUGGGGUGGUGAGAGCGUGGGCCAUAAUACUUUGGAUGAGACUAUCCGGCAGGCGAUUUCUCGGUCGAAGAAGGAGAUCCGUCGUUUCGGCGUUGCCCACCAUGAUCUUCGUCCGGACAACAUCUUAUGGAAUGCUGAGCUCCGGCGAGCUCUGAUCAUUGAUUUUCAUCUAUGCACCUUGGACCAUCGACCGAUGCACAAACCGCGAGGCGCUCUCAAACGAUUACGGUAUGGUCCUAAAGAAAGUCACUCCAAACGGGUGCGUGUGGUGUGAGUAGAUGUCACUGGAGCUGGAACUUACACAAUAGGAUGACACGGAAAGUCAAGCACUGCUACGCAUAGCUUACACAUGAGCCAGUGGCACUUGCUGGGCGGUUGCUGAAACUAUAAUUCUUUAUUCGUGCCGGUACCUCAGGACCCAUUCAUUAGGAAACAAAUAAGCGACCUUAACCAUUAAGUCUGCACGGUACAAGGGCAUGUCCAUAGCUACCCCUCAAUGCAGUGCUGCUUUUGGACGAAGUCGAUGCUUUUAUGGAGCAUCCUACCUCAUAUCACGAUGCUCA